AGGAAUGUGGUUUUGGAUUCCGCUUCCGAUCGAUUUCUCAAUGAACGAGUAAUGCAACAGCCGCAACAGCAGGCUGCUUCGUCCUCGUCGGGGGGCAAGCCCCAGGACUCUGGCACCCUGACACGCGAGGACUUCGACGGCGGUCCCGUGAGCAUCGAUGAGAUCGAGACGGGUCUGUUUCUGGGCAACCUGACGGCAGCCACUCAUAUGGAGACGCUGCGUUCCUUCAAGAUUUCCCACAUACUCACCCUCGACUCGGUACCCCUGCCGCAGCACAUCCUGGAGGCCAGCUUUCUCACCACAAAGUACAUCCAGAUUGCUGACAUGCCCCGCGAAGACAUCCUGCAGCAUCUGGAGGGCUGCGUGGAGUUCAUCAGCUCGGCCCUGGAGCAGCAUGGCAAUGUCCUGGUGCACUGCUAUUUUGGGGUGAGCCGCAGCUCCUCGACCGUCAUCGCGUACAUGAUGAAGCGCCACAACCUGGACUUCCUGCCCGCCUACGAGAUGGUGAAGGCCAAGAGGCGCUUCGUCCAGCCCAACGCCGGCUUUGUCACCCAGCUGAAGCUGUUCCGCCGCAUGGGCUGCCGCAUCGAUCCGGGAUGCCAGCGCUACAAGACGCACCGGCUGCGCUUGGCCGGCGAGCAGAUGCGAAAGGCCAAGAUCUUGCCGCAGAGCUUCCACAGUGUGGUGCGUCCCGAUCCGGACAUCACCCGCGAAAAUCCCGAGCCGAUUGUGUUCCGUUGUCGUCGCUGCCGUCGCAUCCUGGCCUCCAAAUCGAACGUGCUCGAGCACAAGCCACGGGAUAGGCCGGCCCAGGAAGCGCCGUCAGCAUCAGCCGCCCCAAAGGAGGCCCAGGCGGAGGCCCAAGGCGAACCGCGCAUGCUGGAGCAGUUGGCCGAACGGAUACGCCAGUCAUCGCUGGGAUCGCCGGGCCACGAAAGCGGCCCCACCUACUGCCGCAGCAUUCUGUUUAUAGAGCCCAUCGCCUGGAUGCAUCGCAUCAUGCUGAACACCCAAGGUCGUCUCCACUGUCCCAAGUGCGAGCAGAAACUUGGCAACUAUAGUUGGAUCAAUGCUUGCAAAUGUCCUUGUGGAGAGACCAUGACGCCAGCAUUCUAUCUGAUACCUUCCAAAGUGGAGCUCUCCAAGGCCGUGCAGAAUGUUCAGACUACGGUUUAGAGGUCGUGCUGGAAAGCGAAAGAGAUGGCAGUAUCAUCAGGAGUAUGGAUUGGGGUGGGGGUUAUCUAUGGAUCAUAAGAUAUCCAAAGUAUCGUAUCACUUCCACCGAUUUUUAUUAUUUUUUUGCCAGACAGAACCAGUCCUUGCGAGGAUCUCUAUGUUUCUUGAAGAACUUUUCUUAUAAAGAAAGUAUUUCUGAAAC